AUGCUAGUGGCCCACACAUCGCCAUCCGGAACGCCGCUGUUAACGCGCUACAUGUGUGUCGAGGACUGGAAAUACAGCACGCUGUAUCGAGAACUGCCCUCGACAUCUGAUUCUUCCUCCCAAUCCACCGGCACCGUCGUCGCCAGCAGCGGCUCCCUCACCACCGUCCCGAACACCUCCACACCAACCAGCACCGACACCGGCAGCCAUUCCGACUCCGCAGCCUCCAGCAGCGACUCGCUCUCCGGAGGCGCGGUCGCCGGUAUUGUGGUCGGGUGUGUGGCAGCAGUCGUGAUCUUUGCGAUGUUCUUGCUGCGCAAGAAAUUUGUGGCGUGCUUUGGCGGUGCCGGUUCCAAGGGCCCGCCGCCCGAGGCACCGCCGCAGCCGCCGCCGCUGCAUGAGAUCGGGUCAUCGGCGGUUGGCGACCAUUACAAUGUGCAUGAGAUCGGCAGUUCGAAUGUAUGGGAUAAUCGGGGGAUGCCGAAGCCGCCGGCGUACAAUGAGCAUCUCCUCAUCCACCUUUCAAGCGCUUCGAGUCUAAUAGUCCAGGAGAACAUCGACCGACUCGCCCGAGUGCGCGAGAACCAGCGCAAGAGCCGAGCAAGGAAGCAGGAAUACAUCCGGGAGCUAGAACAACAGCUGGCAGUGUGCAAAGAACAGGCCCAGAACAGGGAUAUCGAGCAGCGGUUGGAGACGCAGAAAGUCGAAGCGGAGAACCGGCACCUCAAGGGUCUUCUGGGAUCACUGGGCUUCUCAACGGUGACCAUCGACCAUUACCUACGCCUGGCCGACCAGGGCACGAGUGCGCAUCGCAAAGUCGCGAUUCCUGCUCUGCAGCGACCGGCAGAAGCAGGUCCCGCGAUUUCGCCGCCGACAUGUGAUGCCGAGAAUCAGAAAGAGGACUCGGGGAAACAGUGUGAAGAAAACAAAAGCGCCUGCAAACCAGUCCCUUCAGAGACGAAGCAAAGACCAAAGCAGCAGCAGCAGCAGCUGCUGCAACUAAAGCCAGAAAAUCCAUCGUUAUGCGGGUGUGCGCCUGAGAAUCCCGAGGGCACAUGGCCGUCUGAGGACGAUGUGCUCAAUACGACUCUGUGCGUCAUGGCCGAAGAAUUGAUUAAUCAAUAUAAUACUCGCGGCGCCGACAUGGAGCAGAUCCGGCGGAAACUCUGGUCUGGAUUCCGCGCGGGCGUCUCUGGCGAUGGCUGCAGAGUUCAGAACCAUAUUCUCUUUCAAGUGCUGGAUGAUAUUAGCAACGAUGUCUGA